AUGGCGAAAGCAAAGAAUGUGGUUAACUUUAUCCGAUCAGAGACAGAUCUCUUUUCGGAGCCCGGGUACGAUUUAACUCUUUCAAGCUCUAAUCGUGUCGAUUAUCAUCCAAUUACAAAUAUACAAGACCGAUCCACGCCGCUAACAUUCAUUAUUCAAGGAAAUGAUUUGCAGUACAUUGAUUUCUCAGAAACUCAAUUGUACAUUCGUUGCAAAAUUGUUGACAUAACCAUUCUUUUAAAUGAUGUACAAAUUACUCCGCCAUCAACCUUAUACCCUUAUAAAGCGUUCAUGGAAACUUUCCUUUCUUUUGGGAAAGACUAUACAAAAACCCAAGCUCAAGCAGCUCUCUACAGCAAAGAAAUUGAACCUACUACAGACGAUGCAGGAUGGAUUAGUCGUGAAUCUUUGAGCCAUAACAGCAAAGUGUUUGAAAUGUGUGGAAAAUUGAGAUGUGACAUUUUCAAUCAAAAUAGGUAUUUAAUUCCUGGUGUUGAUGUGAAAAUAGUUUUAAACCGAUCGCCAGAUAACUUUUGUCUGUUGGGAAAAACACCAACCGCUGGUUCUACGCUUGAUCAAGCUCAAGUUCAUAUAGUUGAAGCCAAACUUGUUGUUCAAAAACAUACGCUCUUCCCAUCGAUUACGUUAAUUCAUUUAAAACUCUUGGAUAAGGGUCAACCAGCUUGUUAUCCUAUGCGAAGAGGAGAUAUCAAAUCAUUCUCUCUUUCAGCUGGAACGUUGCAAUAUACAAACGAAAGUUUAAUCACUGGCUUGCUUCCAGAACGAUUAGCAAUAGGAAUAGUUUCAAGCAAAGCUGUUCAUGGAAAUUAUCUGGAGAACCCAUUCAAUUUCAUCCAGGCUGACAUUUCGAGUAUUUCAGUGACUGUGAAUUCGGAACAAGUUACUUCUCAAACAUUCGAGCUUGAUUUUAACAACAAGAAAAGUAUUGAGGCCUACUUCAGUGUGUUUUCUGGACUUGGUCUCUCAAAUAUUGACGCGGGAAUCGACUUGACGUUUGAAACUUUUAAGAACGGGAAAACCAUAUAUAUUUUUGAUCUACGUCAUCAACAUGAUGGGUUCGCUAUUCCUCGUCAUGGAAGUGUGAAAAUUGAAAUUAAACUUAGACAAGCGAUAACAUCAGCCCUAACUGUAAUUUGUCACUGUGACUAUCAAUCAGUGCUCUAUAUUGACAAGAAUAGAGACGCGUAUUUCAAGGACUUUACAACAUGA